AUGGCUGCCCACACCCAGGUGUUCCCCCCGGUCCAGCACCAGCAGCAGCUUGCGGCGGCGCAUGCGCCGCAGCCGCUGCCGCCGGUUCAGCCUAAGCCGACGAGGGCGUCGCUGUCGUACGAGGAGAUCUCCAAGCUCUUCUCCCUCCCCAUCGCCGAGGCCGCCUCCAUCCUAGGCGUCUGCACCAGCGUCCUCAAGAGGAUUUGCCGCACACACGGGAUCGUCAGGUGGCCCUAUCGGAAGAUUGUUUCGGGGAAGGCUGGUGAUUCUGCUGAAAGAGAGAAAGCCAAGGAACUUCUUGAGUUGUCAAGAAUUGCAAAACAAAAGGACUCUUCUGGCUCAUCAACGACGUCAUCGGUUGCCUUCCAAGGAGUGCCAAAAUCUCAACAAGGCAGUGCAAGUGCAAAGGCAGGACAAGUGCCAGGUAGACAAAAUGCACCAAAUGGAUCACAAAGCUUGUUCUCGGUUAGCCAACCCAAAGACAUCCCCACCUAUAUGGAUGAUUUCAAGUACGGAUUCCCCUCAUCUGGCCUGUCUUCUGAAACUCUGAAAUGGUGGGGGACUGACAGCCACACAGAGACUGCUGCAGCGAAAGAUGAUGUCCGGGAAGCCCCUGAAUCAACAAAUGAGGCAUCAAAAGGUAUGACCGAUGAUGAGUUAGACUGGGGAGCAGAUGAACCCGAAGCUGAUGCCGAUGCCGAUGGAGUGGCUACAACCGAUCCAUCGGCGCAGCUCUGCUCCCUUAGGAGAAAGGCAGCAGGUGAUGGGCGCAGGCUAUUGAAUGGCGACACUGGCAGGGUUGAGCAAUUGUGCAGACUGAACAAGAGGCAGAAGAUUAUUCUGGCCCAGGUGUUUGGAGCUUCACUGCCAGAACAGUGGAGGAGCAAGCUAGCCUGAAUAUUUUGCUUGCUGUUGUACCAUGUGCAACUCUAGUGAGUGUAGUAACCGAUAUGGUUUGUCCCCUUCUUGAUGUAGCUUACAUUUAUCAAUUUGUGAGAACUGAAAAAUAUGCCGAAGAAUGGUAGAAGCUCUACUUGACUAGAUAUAGUUUAUGUUGUCUUGGAAAUUCAACUCAGCUCCAGAGCUCAUAUGCAUUUGCAUGAACAGUAAAUUGAAAGUAAAUAGUAAGAAAAUCGAAAUUAUUUUGGCAACAAA